AUGGUUCCGUGGCGAUGGCGACCCAAGAGUAUCUCAAAAGCACCUGCAGAAGUCAGUAAACAGGCCACUGCAGACAAUGUACAGAACCAGUUUCAGCGCAAGAAAAUAGACACACCACAUCCAGAACAACAAUCUGCAUUGCUACUGCACGCGAUUCGCCAACCAUAUGAAGUGGCUGUGGAUCACGCUGUUCCGGAAAUACAGCACGACUCCGAGCUGCUAGUCAAGGUCACUGCGGUAGGACUGAAUCCAAUCGACUGGAAAGCGCCUGACUACAACUUCGGAAUACCAGUAUUACCGUAUGUUUCCGGGCGAGAACUCUCGGGCAUCGUUGUGAAAGCACCGAAAGCUCCAGAUUCUCGUAUACGCGAAGGCGAUGUCGUUACUAUUCCCUCGACGGACUAUCGCGACCUGCGAAAAGCUGCGUUUCAAGAAUACAGCAUUGCAUCAUCUUUCAAUACUAUUCGUCUUCCACACAACAUCUCGGCGGAGUCGGGAAGUAUCCUGGGUGUAGCCUUUGUGUCUGCAGUAUUGGCAUUAGGUAUAUGCAUGGGUGUCAGCUUCGAAGACAUCGAAGACGGUCCGGAUCUAUUGAAGAUUGUGCGCAACAUUGACCCGGAGAGGUUACCAGUGGACAUAAGAAAGGAGUGUCUCGAGAGCAUUAGCGAGGACGAUCGAGCUAAAGCUAAAGAUUAUCUUGUCAUUUGGGGCGGCAGCUCCACAAGCGCACAUCUCACAAAGCAAAUUGCAAGACUGUUCGGCCUCAAGAUCGUCUCUAUCGUCGAUACCGCAAAACAUGGAGUGCGGCUGUCUUCGAACGUGACUACACGUCCGGACCUACUCGUGGACUCGCAUGACCCGGAACGAGCGAUCGACAUCAUCAAGCGAGCAACAAAGGGUAGCGCACGUUUUGGCUUCGAUACACAGGGUAAAGAAUCUGCCGCUCAGCUCCUGCGAUCGCUGGCAUCCUCCACCUCGCCCAUCUCUUCCCUGCCAAAGGAUGCGCAAAACUACGAACGGAAAGACUCGAAACUUCCAACUCCACCAUCGACACCGUUGGAGUCUGCGGAAGAUGGUCUGCGGUCGCAUCUGGUCGGACUGACUGGACUACCUAAGACCGACAUACCGGGAGAUGUGACACUCCACAAUGUGCCUAUCAAACUUUACCAUGAGAUUCCGGAGGUGGGUGAAGCGCUGAGUGCUUGGUGCGAGAAAUUGCUUGUCAAAGGACUGUUGGUGCCACCAGACGUCGUUGGAACGGUGGAUGGAUUGGGCUCCAUCAAUGAAGGAUUGAACAGAAUGAGAAGAAGAGAGAUCAGUGGCGGCCGAUUGGUAGCUGUUUUGCCUUAG